AUGGCAGCUGGUCUUCUCGGAGCCUCAGUUUUCUCCUCAGCCUGGCUGUGGUGGCUGCAGAGGGACCCUGAGUAUCAGAAGGCUCGCCAGCUGCCUGAUGGUCCCUUCACUGACGUCGUCACCACCAACCUUAAGCUGGGCAACCCGACAGACCGGAACGUGUGCUUCAAGGUGAAGACCACGGCACCGCGCAGGUAUUGCGUGAGGCCCAACAGCGGGGUCAUUGAUGCGGGGGCGUCCAUUAACGUGUCCGUGAUGUUGCAGCCUUUCGAUUAUGACCCCAAUGAGAAAAGUAAACACAAGUUUAUGGUUCAGUCUAUGUUUGCACCGACUGACACUUCUGAUAUGGAAGCAGUCUGGAAGGAGGCAAAACCGGAAGACCUUAUGGAUUCAAAACUUAGAUGUGUGUUUGAAUUGCCAGCAGAAAAUGAUAAACCACAUGAUGUAGAAAUAAAUAAAAUUAUAUCCACAACUGCUCCAAAGACAGAGACACCGACAGUGUGUAAAGCGUUGGGUUGGUCCCUGGAUGACCCGGAAGUGAAGAAGGUGAUGGAGGAGUGUAAGCGGCUGCAGGGGCAAGUCCAGAGGCUGCAGGAGGAGAACAGACACUUCAAGGAGGAAGACGGGCUGCGGAUGAGGAAGAGCACACCGACCAACAGCCCUGCGUCGGCGCUGGCCACGGCCGGGAGGGAGGAGGGCGUCAGUCCCCGGCUGCUGGCCCUGGUGGUCCUGUUCUUCAUCGUGGGCGUCAUCAUCGGGAAGAUCGCCUUGUAGAGGCUGCAUGCGAAGGAUGGCCGAGUGGAUGGAUGGGUCUUCCUAUCAUGGGAUUUAAAUUUAUCAUAACCAUGUGUAAAACGAAAUUCAUGUAUGAUGACAUCUCACAGGUCUUGCCUUUAAUUCCCCUCCCCAUGCGCGUGCACGCGCGCGCGCGCGCGCACGCACACACACACAGAUAUAACGUAAUAUAAUGAGCUUGUAGAGAGUUACGAUGUAUAGUGCAGGAUGGGGGAGAAGGAGCUUCAGUAACUGGCAAGGGAACGAAGCCAUCAUUCCCACCACAGUGACAUCUUGUCACUGCCGUUUCAAGCCUUGCUUUGCAGCCCUGGUACGUGACGCUUCCUCCAGGUCUAGGGGCUUGGAGGCGCACAGAGGGGAGUGUGGCCACCCCAUUGAGUAGCCCACCGAGCCGCGCUCGCUCCCGAUCGCCCCCACUCCCUGCACCAGUUCAGCCCUGCCCCAGGGCCCCAGGCCUGCUGAGCAGUGGGAACAGAAGAGCGUGCUGGUCUCCAGUGGGAGGCAUGAAUUGACGGAUUGACCCAGCACUUUGGAAAUGAGUCAAGGCUGUGCUCCCUUAAAGGGGCCAAGCGAAAUGACUGUGGGGUCCCAUCGAGAACUCCAACUGUUAUCCAGAGGUGUUUAAUGCAUAUUUAACUUAUGUAAUUUGUGUCAUCUCAUGCUGCCCCAUUGUCACGAGAUCAUAAUGAAUGCUGGCCCAUGUGUUACCUGGGCCCCCAGCACCGGUGGGUGGGAGCGGCCGGCAUGUGCUGCCGGGGCGGAGGCGCCUCCCCUCCAGGUGCCAGUGGGCGCAUGCGCGCUGGGGAGGCGGGCGGCAGUUUCCCAUUGUCAGUAGGUAGCUGCUGUUGGGGGCAUGUGAACAGGGGCAGUCUGGGUAGCAACGGUCAGCUCUCCAGCACCGGCAGAGAGACAAGUGCUGAAGAGAUGACUGUGUGUACCCCGCCCCCCGCUUCCCAGCACGCAUCCCCUGACCCGGCUUGCUGGGGGUCCUGGUUCACAGGGACAGGCAGGGCACGGAGCUGGCGAGGAGGGCCCCUCAGAUGAUCCCCAGGGCGCAGUGGAGUGUGUGUGAGUUAAUUUUACGCCAUAAAAGACCAAUCCAAUCCUGUUUGACUCUGUAGCAUCUUAAAAAGAAAAAGAAUAUUAAAAUAAAGCCCCUGAAAUACAAA